AUGGCGACAUUUGUGCCAUUCUUGUCCGACUUUCUCGGCAAGCCAGAUGGCAAGCACGUCGUUGCCACCAUUACCGUCUACUUCCAUGCCGCUCGCUCAACUGGCUCCAUGAUUGAGGCUAUCCUCAUCGCCAUCGUCGCUGUCGCAUAUGCCGAGCUCGUCUCUCUCAUCUCCAUGGCCACCUCUGUGCUUGUCGGAUCUGUCUUUGGACUGGUAACACUGGCACAUGUACUUGUCGUCGUCGUCUUUAUCGGCGGUGGCUUUGGUUUCAUGGGCUGGACCAAGCAACGCAUGAACAACCCACUUGUCAACGUCGCCAGUACACUGGCUUCUCUCGCCAUCAUAUCCGUCGUCACAAAAGAAACAGCAGUCAUUGAUAAUGUAUUUUCAAACCAAAAAAUUGUGCAAGUUUUCAAGAUGCUCAUCAUGGGAGUCACAUGCACUGCUGUCGUUAAUUUGCUGCUCUGGCGCGUCUCUGCACGCCAGCUACUGCGAGCAUCGAUCACACAGACAUCGGUCUCACUAGGAAGCAUGCUUUCUGAUGCAACUACCGGUUUUCUCGCCAGCGCCACCCAGGAGGCUACUUCACCAGACUUCCCCGACUCUUACGCCUACUCGAAAGCUCACGCCUCUAUGCUGAAGCACUUACGCGAGUCUAAGUUCGAGCAUUACCUUCUUGGCCAUGUUCAAAUAUAUCGUCUUGAAAGAUCGACUGUUAGAUCCCUGGAAACCUUGGCUCAAUCCAUAGGCGCAUUGCGCAGCGCCGCCAAAGCCCAGUUUGCGCUACUCAACGGUGAUGGUCGUGAUGCCAUCCUCUUUCGGAUCCAUAGUACUUCAGCAACGCCGUACGUUGCCAGAGAUAUUGACCCCUUCUCCUUCACCGGAACUGAAGGAUCUCAGGCGACAGAGACAGGCUCUAGGGACGCCCCAGAUCUCCGCGCCGCCGGGCGGCUCUUUGCAGACUUCGCUGGCGCAGUUCGGCGCCCAAUGCAAAACCUGUCUGGCAUAUUGUGCCAGCUCCUGACACAAAUGCCGUUCGCUGGUGCUCCCGACUAUGCAAUCCGGAUCGAUGAAGCUCUGCGUGAAGAACUGACAAAGCGAUUGGAGGUAUUCAACACUGCACGUGCGGAUGCUUUGCAAAGCUUGUAUUAUCGCAUUCGGCAAGAAAAUGACAGUGGUCAUCCCCAGAUCGUGUUGGAAGAGGUCGCUGCUGCUUGUGGCCAUUUCUCGUUUACUUUACAAAGCUUCGGCGAGGAGAUGAAGACGUACCUGGACGUCUUGGAGGAUCUCAAACAUAGCUACGACCGUAAACAGUGCACCUGGCGCUGGAUGCUGUGGUGGAGGAGGGGUAAAUCUGACAAUGGAUUGGCAACGCUGCCAUUUGAUGCGCCAGAGACUGAGUUUCUGGUUAAGCCGAUUCGAAAAUCGGCCGUGCCAGCGGGCAUUCCGCGUUCGAUGCGCGAACGGCGAGAUACAUACAGGUGGGACGCGGCUCCUAAUGCGAGCAAGAUUUUGUCGAAACUGUCACAAGCGUCUCUUCACCUGCUGCGAAAGAUGGCGAGCGAUGAUGUUUUGUUUGGCCUCAAAGUGGGCAUAGGUGCCGCGCUGUGGGCUAUGCUUGCAUUCAUUGAGGCAACGCGCGAUGUGUACAACCAUUACCGCGGCGAAUGGGGCCUUUUGUCGUUCAUGAUUGUCUGCUCCAUGACAGUCGGAGCCUCUAACACGACAGGAUGGGCUCGCUUUAUGGGAACUUUUGCAGGCGCCUUCUUUUCGCUGUUCAAUUGGACGGUGAGCCAGGGAAACGGCGCCGUGCUUGCAAUUCUGGGAAGCUUUGUCGCAUUCCUCAACUUCUAUCUCAUUGUCGCGUGCGGUCGUGCACCGCUCGGACGCAUGACAAUUCUGGCGUACAACGUGUCGACCCUCUAUGCCUACUCUCUCAGCCAGAAGGUUGAUGAUAAUGAUGACGACGAAGGUGGCAUCCAUCCCCUCAUGAGGGCGAUUGUCACGCACCGUGUCAUCUCUGUUUGCGCUGGAAUCCUAUGGGGACUUGCCGUAUGUCGGUUUGUGUGGCCCAUCUCGGCGCGGUUGAAAUUCAAAGAAGGCAUCUCAGUGCUGUUCCUGCAAAUGGGCCUCAUUUGGCGCCGCGGACCGCUUGCUAUCCUUCUGCGCUCCGACUGCUCCCAGAGCUACCUCAAGUCCGGUGAGCAAGUCGCGUUGCAGCGCUACGCCGACCAUCUCGAGACCCUCCGCCACAGCGCGGCAUCCGAAUUUGAGCUGCGCGGGCCGUUCCCAUUCGAGGCCAACGGGCGCAUCUUGCGCAGCGUAGACCGGAUUCUCGAUGGGUUCUAUUCCAUGAGUCUGGUUGCGCAGCGCAAAGCAAGCCUCUCCAGUGGCGAGCGUGCGUUGCUUGAGUUCACGGCGCCGGAACGCGCUGUGCUAUGUGACCGCAUCUGCCACAUCUUUCAAGUGCUGGCCAGCUCUACGAUGCUGGAAUACCCAUUGACGGACGCGAUUCCGAGCAUCGCCCGCGCGCGUGACCGGCUCCUGAGCAAACUAUUUGAGUUUCGAGAAGCCCAUGCGGCACGUCGGCAAGCAGUCCUGGGCAUCGGAUCGCGGUCCAGUCAGCAUUCAGAACAGCCAGAACUCGCAUUGUCCGAGUCUGGAGCUAGACUAGAUGUCGUGGUUGGUGAGAGGGACUAUGCGCUUCUAUAUGCAUAUGCGCUCAUUACGGGCCAGGUGGAAGACGAACUGAAGAUUACGAGGCAAGAAAUCGAGGGUCUACUAGGGGUACUGAAAGAUGAUCCUCUUCUUACUGAGUGA